CGUGCCACCUGACUGAGCGGGAAGUGAGAAUCUGGCGGUGGCGAUCAGUACCACCGUCCGCGUUGCCUCCCACCUUUCCGUUUGGCUGCCCAGAAAAAAAACAGUAACUUUAACUGUAUUCAGCCGUUCUCUCCUCCAAGGAGACAGGAAGAACUCUAAUUUUCUCGGAAACCAAACGCCUCAGUGUCAUAGAAGGUCCUCUUUGGGUGGUUCGUGUGAAGAUCAUACUAUUUGAUAAAUGGGAGCUCCGGAGGAAUCCGAAGACACUGUCUCAAACCAUUCUCCGAAACUAGCAGGAACUGUCAACUGGGGCACGGCAACUGUCAUCGGAGUGUUUGCAGGUUUGUUCUAUGGUGGUAGCAAGGAAGCAGCUGCAUCAGUUAGCAAAGAUGCAGAAGUAAUGUUGAAGCUAGGGAGCACGCCAGACAAGCGUGAACAAUAUCGUCUCAUGAGAGAUGCAAUGGAGAAAAGGUUCAUUCGUGUCACUCGGGGCUCAAUAGUUGGUGGAGUGCGCCUUGGAUUGUUUACUGCUACUUUUUGUGGUAUACAGAAUCUGCUUGCUGAGAAAAGGGGCAAGCAUGAUGUUUUCAAUGUUGUUGGAGCCGGUUCAGCCACUGCUGCUACAUUUGCUCUAAUAAUGCCUGGAUCAUUGGCUUGGCGAGCAAGAAACGUGAUGCUAGGUGCUACCCUAGGAGCAGUGUUAGGUUUUCCACUAGGGUGGGCACAUUUGAAGCUGGUAGAGAAGGCAAAUGAAGGGAAUCUAGCUGCACAUCCUCAUUCAGAUCAAAGAGAAGCAACGAGUGGUGUUGGUGCUGCAAUUGAGAGGCUGGAAGAAACCUUGAAUAAGUAGAACAUAAAUUUCUGUAAGGCAAGACCUCCCCGUUGUCCGGCGCAAAAUGAGAAGGAUGAAAAAUUCGAGAAAAACUAGUAAGGUGAGCUAAGAACUAUGCAGUAUUCGUUGUUGCGUUUAUUGAGAAAUAACAACACUUGGUGAAUCUUUUGAAGGUGUUUUCGGUAUAAAUGUUACAAUUUCUAGAGCAGAACAUUUUUUUUCUUCGUUAGGAAAACGCACAUCAUAAUUAUCUUAGAAUCCGUAAUGAUAUCAUAAUUGUGAACGUAAUCAUGGAUUUGAAUCGUCGACUUAUGUU